UCCUUCCAUUCUGCGGGUGCCAGACUUUGUAUACAACCACACAUUAAUGUGGGUUUCUUUGCUGAUUUGCGGCACACUGUCAGUCACUUUUUCAUAACUAAACAAUAUGCCUCCAAAGAAAGGCAAGGGCAAAAAGGGUAAAAAAGGAAAGAAGGCGGAUGGUGAGGAAAAUUAUGAAGCUCCUGAACCAUCAGAAAAGGAGAAUUUAUUGAAAACAGAGUUAGAUUCUCUGACUGAACAACUGGCAAGCAUCAAGAAAAAAGUGGAGGAGCUUCGUAAAGAGAAUGAAUGGCUACAGCAAGAAGCACACCAAACAAGGGUGGAAAGCCAUGAGUACAUGUCUUACAUGUCCAAGAAGGCCCACAAACGCCAAACCACCAUCGUGACCCUGAGCGAUCAGAACCAACAAGAAAUCCGAAUGAUCAAUGAGCAGAAGGAACAGAUGCUGGAGGAAUAUGAAGAAAAGAAGCAAGUUUUAAGGGAUUCAUUGAUGGAAAAGGAGGCAGAGCUGGCUAAGACAAGGAAGGAACUUGACGAUUUGGAGGAGUAUAAAAGACUACAAGAGGAGCAGGUCCGGAUGAUCCGUGACCUGGAGAAGGAAGUCUUGAGGAUGCGAGGCAAGCACACGGAGACCAUCCAGAAGCUCAAGUCACAGUUCUUGAAGGAGAAGCGGGAGUACCACGGGGAAUCGGAGGCUAAGAUACAGGAGGUUGGCAAGCAGGCUAACAGGGAGGCAAUGCACUGUCUUCAAGAACACACCACCCGCAUCAAGUCAGAGAACAGGGAACUUCGACAGGAGCUCCUCAAGUUGAUCCAGAAAUCCCGGGCUCUCAACGAGCACAAGGCGCAGCUGGAGGAACAGCGUAAGGAGUUGCUACGAGAGCAGCAGUACGCUGCCGAUUUGAAGAGGUUGCAUACAACCAGGCAGCAUAAGGUGCUCAAGGCGUUUGAGAUGCUGGACGAAGGAAACGGAUGAGGACAUAAUGGAUGGUUGAACAAAGUUGCGAGUCAAGUCACAAGUCAAUCAGGAGUCAAUCAUAAGUUGUCACAUCGUGGUAAUCACGAGUCAGUCACAAGUCUAUCACAAGUCAGUCACAAGUCAAUCUAAGUUGUUACAAGUCAAUCAGGAGUCAAUCAC